AUUUACUUGCUCAGUCUUUCUAGCGAGAGCAAAAUCUUUGAAAUCAACGAUGGCGAAAUUCUGUUUCCUUGGUAACAAAUACUGGAUUCUGAGACAUGGCAAAAGCAUCUCUAAUGAGAAAGGCCUCAUCGUUUCUUCUUUGGAAAAUGGGGUUCUUUCAGAAUACCAAUUAGCUGAUGAAGGUGUUAACCAAGCAAGAUUAGCAGGUGAAUCAUUCCAAAAGGUAUUGAAGGAAAACAAUAUACCAAUUGAAAAUGUUAGAAUUUGCUACUCUCCAUUUUCAAGAACAAGACACACUGCUCAAGUUGCUGCUUCUGUUCUCAAUGUUUCCCUCGAAGGUCCUCAGUGUAAGGUGAUGGAAGAACUUCGAGAGCGUUUCUUUGGGCCUUCAUUUGAACUUCAAUCACAUGACAAAUAUGCAGAGAUAUGGGAUCACGACGAAAAGGGCCCGUUCAUGAAGCCUGAGGAAGGUGGAGAAAGUGUAGCCGACGUUGCUUCAAGACUUGCUACUGCUGUGGAAGCCAUUGAGAAAGAAUUUCAAGGGUGUGCCGUUUUUGUUGUCAGUCAUGGGGAUCCACUGCAAAUUCUUCAGACAAUAAUAAGUGCAACUGAUAAAGCACCUGGUGGUGAUUUCAAGACAAGAGUAGAGGCGGUGAAAGUGCCUUCCAUCUUGUCACAGCACCGGAAAUUUGCUUUAAAUACUGGAGAACUCCGACAACUCGUUUAAAUAAUUGAUCGUUAGUUUUAGCUGGCUGAUUUUACUGCAAAGUGAAAAGCGAUAAUGCGAGAUAUUCAAGUGAUAUUUAUUGUUACACUCAAUUGCUGUGUUACUUUCUUAGAGUGCAUCCAUUGGGUUUAUGUUCCUUGAUUGUUCUCUUUGUUGGUUUAGUAAAAACCAAAAUCAUUAGUCGUUGUGCCCGCUGCCUGUCUUAGAUAAAGAAAGGUUAGGUAUGUUUUUGUCA